CCCCUGUUGAAACACCAAUCGGUGGUAUCCUCCUCUUGUAGAGAGGCGGUGAUUGGGCUAGACAUUAUAUGGGUAUUACAGGUCGCCGCUACUUCACUAUUUAGUUUCCAUUUAGAUUAUUCAACGGUGAAACAUACACAUACUGUACUCUCAGGGAACCGGCCUUGAUUUGUAACACAUGGCUUCUAAACACCAACAGAACGACUUGUCUACCGGGUUCCGCGUGCAGUUCAAAUCUUUCGCAACAGAGGCGAUCCACGUUGGGCAAGAACCGGAGCAAUGGAAAUCUAUGGCCGUGGUGCCACCUAUUUCUCUGUCCACCACGUUCAAGCAGUAUGGACCUGGAGAUCAUGCUGUAAGUUACCUAAUGUAUACCAUUCGGAUAACGUAAAGACCUUCGGGUAACUGUAAUAGGUGCUACCUGCGGUACUAAUCUGAAAUGCUUUGAAUGUGUAUUAUGACCUGAAAUGAUAGUAGCCAUCAUCAUUGUAUAGCGAGCAAGACUUUUCCCAUGUACUGUAACAGUAUCUAGCUAACUUGUGCCUAGCAGAAACCCAUAUAGGACGUCGCUAUAUAGGGCUAGUAUAACAGUAGCCUAGGCCAGCUAAGGUGUCCGGUAUCGAGGGGCGUUCGUUCAGUAUGGGGUGUCAUACCGGUCCGGCCAGACCGGUAUAACGAGCUAGACUCAUGUGGCACUUAUUCAUGUUGCACAACCUCAGACAGUGAGGUGCCCACGACCCAUUCGCGGCCCCAGGUACCUAGCAAACCACUCUGGUUACGCUUCACUAACUGUAAGUCGCUCUGGAUAAGAGCGUCUGCUAAAUGACUAAAAUAAAAAAUAAAAAUGUGAAAUGAUCUUUUUGUGAUGAAUACUGAAAGUGUUUGUGUUAACGAUUGUCAUUACAUUUAAAUACUAAUUAAUAGCCAGAUGAUCAGCAAUAUCAGCAUCUGUUUAUUUAUGAAAGAUGUGGCAAAUGUGGGCUCUCUGAAUGUGGAAUGUUGUCUUCAUCAGGGUUUUGAGUACAGUCGGAGUGGAAAUCCUACUAGAAACUGUCUGGAGAAAGCUGUUGCUGCUUUGGAUGGAGCAAAGUACUGUAAGUGUUCAUGUCAGACACAACUACCUCGUGAAUUUGUAUCUAAUAAUAUAUAACAAGUUAGAGAAUGUAGGCCUAUAGCUUACAGGUAGAAAAUACCGUUAUACCUUUAACUAGCCUCCUGUUUACAACUUGAAGAGAAUGUAUUCUUUGAACUAUCAUUAACUGUGAAUUUUGUGUAGGUUUUGCUCUGGCUUCCGGGCUGGCUGCGACUAUGACCAUCACUCACAUGCUGAAAGCUGGAGAUGGCAUUGUCUGCAUGAAUGAUGUGUAUGGAGGUAAGAUAUGGCCCACAGUGUCUGUAAAAUUGUCUGGAGAACUACCAAAAGGUAGACAAAAUGUUGUCAGUGAAAGAGUACACACAUAUUUGUAGGUAUGGUUUGAUGCAUUCAGCCAUGACCAUGAAACGGUAAUACAUUGUCUUUUUCUCUACAGGCACCAAUCGUUACUUCCGGAAGAUUGCUGCAGAAUUAGGCUUGGAUGUCUCCUUUGCUGAUUGUACCAAAAUCGAGUUGCUCCAAGCCGCUCUUAAGCCGAACACAAAGGUAAGUGGAAUUCUAAGUCUGCUUGAUGACCUUAUUCCAUUUAAUUUAUUUUCACCUAAACCUCCAAAGUUUGAAAAUAACCCAGGUUUCAGGUUUCCAGGCUGUUGGUGUGAGAAUAGAUGUGUCAUCCAGCAUCAGCACUACCAUUUCCCUUUUGUUCUUCAUGUUAAGUGCUCCACCCUGAGCUUUUCCCUGAGUCAUAGCAUUAUCAUAGACUCCAUUGGAGAAUUCAAGGAGAAACUUCACUCUCACUGUGACUUGUCUCUCUUGUCCAUACAUGACCAUAGUUUAAAACCUAGAUCUUAUAGCUGUACGUUUUUGAUUAGGAGCCAAAACUAUGAAACUCAAAUGACACCUGCUGCUACAAGGCUAGAUACUGUAUAUUAUUGAUAUAUACUGUAUUACCUUCCACUCAAACUAAUUUGUUCUUUAAAUUCUAAAGGGAUUCUCCUUUAUUUUCUAUCUUCAUGUAGUUGGUAUGGAUUGAGACUCCCACCAACCCUACCAUGAAAGUGGUGGAUAUCCAGGCCUGUGCAGAGGUGGUCCACCAACACAACAAGGAUACCGUGGUGGUCGUGGACAACACUUUUAUGUCAGCCUACUUCCAGGUAAGUAGCAAGUCUAUCCUGCCUUGUAUGCGUUGUUGGUUAUGUAUCUAGAAUGUUGAUUGUUGGUUCGGCAUUGCCACAUUCAGCCCAGGGACAGUUGGAAAUGAGUAUCCUUAGUGAAGUUUAACACAUUGUCAUUUCCUCUCUUCCCAGACUGGUUCAUAGUGAGUCAUUGAUUAACCCAAAGAUACUCCUAUGUGUUUGUCUCUUGCUCUUUAGCGCCCCUUGGCCCUCGGAGCAGACAUCUGCAUGUAUUCAGCUACUAAGUACAUGAAUGGUAGGUACAUGUUGUCUGUACAUUGAUGUUGACUGAAGAGAAUUUCCACACAAAAAAAUUUUGAGUUUACAUGGGUGUUUAUUUUUUUCCUUCUUAUUUGAUUGACAGGUCACAGUGAUGUUGUAAUGGGCCUGGUGUCUGUGAACCGUGAGGACCUGUAUGACCGACUGAAGUUUCUACAGAAUGGUGAGAGAUGAAUGAAUGGCAAAUGGCAACUGGAUAAAAGCAAUGUAUGUUAAGCUGACACACCCGCCACAUUUGUUGCCUACUAUGAUUGAAGCACUUAAACUUAGCUGUGAAGCAGUUGCUCCAUUUUUGUGACCUACUUUCGCUCAUCAAAUAUCCACACAUGCUCGUGAUGCCAGGGCUUUCCACCAAUUAUAAACCACUGAUAAAGAAGGCUUUGUGUGUUACCCUGGUUGGUUCUUUGUCUGAGGGGCUGAUUGGUGUGUUGUAUAACGCAUUGUUCUUCCUUACUAUACCCUAACACUAAAGCCCUGGGAGCCGUACCGUCCCCCUUUGACUGCUACCUGUGUAACCGUGGCCUGAAGACCCUGCACCUGCGCAUGAGGCAGCACUUCAAGAACGCCCUGGCGGUGGCCCAGUUCCUGGAGGCUGACCCCAGGGUGGACAGAGUCAUCUUCCCAGGUGACUUUUCAAAGUGCAUUAUUUCUGUAUAUUGCAUAAAAUGCAUGUUUUGACAUGACCUGCUUCCUGGGCAAAUAGCUGAUAUAACAAACAUGUCACAAUGCAGUCACUUUGGUAAAUCCCUGGGCCAGUAGAAGCACAUGUAAAGUGUAUAGUUACACGCAUAGCACAUUCCUCUCCAGUUACCCUCUUAUUCUCUACGCUUGAGUCGACCGCACCCUGUGGUUAAGGGAUUUAACAGUCGACUGUCUGGUUUUCCUCUUAUUCCCCCUUCACUCUGUAGGCUUACCCUCCCACCCCCAGCACGAGCUGAUGAAGAGACAGUGUACAGGCUGCCCAGGGAUGAUCACCUUUUACAUAAAGGGAAAACUGGAGAAUGCCAGCACCUUCCUCAGCAACCUCAAGGUGAUUACAGAAUUGAGACGCUCACAUCUGAUUCACAAUAUAAUGCCAAGACGAUCUCUACUGGGCUCGUCUGGUUACGCUUCAUACACUAUAGUUGCUGGAACCAUUCUGGAAAGAACAGUGUGAAAAUAAACUGCACGGUUCGGCUCUAUAGUAUGAGGAUCACUGUAUUUUACUACAGUAUGUGUUGUGAAUUCACUCACAGAUGGACACGGUAAUAACAUUUUGUGCUGGUUUUUAUUUCAGUUGUUUGCACUUGCCGAGAGCCUUGGCGGUUAUGAAAGUUUGGCAGAGCAUCCGUAAGUAUUCCUACAUAUCAUCAACAAUCAUAAUAUUGUAACUGCUACAAUAUUAAGAUUCAAAAUGUUGUCAGCUGAACCAAAUAAUAUACUGAAGUAUCUAAAUAUACAGUACUUUGAUUGCCUCAAUUAUUGAACAAUAAUGCCACAAGGGGGCAGCAGUGGUCAAGAAGAAAUGUAUAUAUUUUUUGUACUUUGAAGUUUUGAAACCAACUAUUUAAACAUAGUGCUUUUAGAAAUGGAUUAUUUUUGAAUAUUUAGCUAUUUCCCUUUUCUUUCCCUCUCUCUCAGGGCGAUAAUGACCCAUGCGUCUGUUCCAGAGAGUGAUAGAGCCGCCCUGGGGAUCAGUGACACGCUGAUCCGUUUGUCUGUGGGGCUGGAGGAUGAGCAGGACAUCAUUGAGGACCUGAAACAAGCCCUGAACGCUUCUGUAUGCACACUACUGUACACUACACUCUGCCUGUACACUACUGUACAAUACACUACACUCUGCCUGUACACUACACUACACUCUGCCUGUACACUACCGUACAAAACACUACACUCUGCCUGUACACUACCGUACAAAACACUACACUCUGCCUGUACACUAAUGUACACUACACUCUGCCUCAACACUACCGUACAAUACACUCCAUUCUGCCUGCACACUACCGUACAAUACACUCCUCUGCCUGCGCACUACCGUACAAUACACUUCACUCUGCCUGCGCACUACCAUACAAUACACUCCACUCUGCCUGCACACUACCAUACAAUACACUCCACUCUGCCUGCACACUACCGUACAAUACACUCCACUCUGCCUGCACACUACCGUACAAUACACUGCACUCUGCCUGCACACUACCGUACAAUACACUUCACUCUGCCUGCACACUACCAUACAAUACACUCCACUCUGCCUGCACACUACCAUACAAUACACUCCACUCUGCCUGCACACUACCGUACAAUACACUCCACUCUGCCUGCACACUACCGUACAAUACACUCCACUCUUCCCGCACACUAUCUUGCAAUACACUCCACUCUUCCUGCACACUAUCGUACAAUACACUCCACUCUUCCUGCACACUAUCGUACAAUACACUACACUCUGCCUGGUCAUAGCACACUCCCUGAAAACAAGUCUCUAAACUCAGCUAGUCUAACACCAUGAACCACUGAUUUCUGCCCUGCGAUAAGUAAGGUAGCUCUGUCAAAUCCAGACAAAUGGGACCUGGUCAGUGAUAAUUAUCCCUGGAAUAUUUUGCCCCAAACACAUCCGUAGUACAUCCACUGAACAUCCUGACCACACAAAUGGUUGUUUCCAUCUGUUGAUUUAUUCCCUUUUGUUUUCUUUGAGCAGCAUCCAAAGAAGAAGUAAUGUCUUCAGGACGUCCCAAGACCAGCGGUUGUCUGUCGUCAGUGGGAUGGAGCAGAGGCAGGAGUACCCAGUGUUUCUAGCCGUGUACAAGGAGAGAGCAGCGAGAUGGUGCCUCAACACAGCGUACACAAACUGUAUUUAUGAAUGCACUCAUCAUCAGGGAACAACCUGCUCUUAAAACAUUACGCCUUCUUCAUUAAUUAUUAAUAACCCUUUUUAUCAUCAAUUCUUUGAAUGCUGAUUUUAUCAGGAGGACUUCCAAGGACUUCAUUUUAAUAUUUCAUUCUUGCUGCUUUUGCUGUGUGUGUGUGUUUUUGUUUCGUAAUUUUUUUGUUUGGAGGGCGUUGAUAGGGCACUGUGACAGAGAUUCUUAUUCAAUUACAACGGGUAUCCGGGACUUUCAGGAGUAUGGCAAAACAACAUUAAUUUGUCUUUCUGCUUCAUUUAGUUUGAACCAUGAGAAGAAUGUCUUGCUCUGUAAAUGUCGGGACAGCAGUUUUGAUUAAAUACAACUAUGUGUCUGGCUCUAUCAAAUGUAUGCCUAGUAAAGGGAUAGUGGGGAAGCUUUGCCCUAGAGUUUGAGUCUUAAAGAAAGUUGGCCCGUGAGGGAGUGCUAUGUGCAUGCUUGUCCUUGCCUUCUGUCGAACAAUUUUAUAUUUUAAAUUAAUUGCGUGAAGAGGUUUUUAAUGGAAUGACUCAAAAUAGGAUUAUUCUUUGAGCAAUGUACAAAGUUCCAGUGGUGUUGCUGAACUCAACUCACAGGCUUGUUCUCAGAUCAAAACACUCAGCGAUGUCAGGGUUUUCUACCUGAGAACCAACCAACCCCACGUCGUGUUGGUGCUCUCUCACUCAGUUGACGGUGUUAUCAAUCCCAUAUCAUACUUACUGUAUCUCUGAUUGCUACUCAAGUAUGUGCUUCAAUUGGGAAAGACCAUGUUUGAUCAAUGUCAUCAGUGUGACCAAACUCAUUAAAUUCAGUUUGCAGUACGUCAUGCUGGAACUCUCACUCACUUGACUGUGUUAUCAAUCACAUAUCAUACAUACUGUAUCUGCUUGCUACUUAAGUGUGUGCUUGAAUGUUUGAUGUCAUCUGUGUGACAUACUGUAAAAUGUGGCCUAGUAGGCUACUGUUUAUUAAGCUGUUGUAAACAAUGAAAUGGAGUAAAACAACUGUAUAAUUUGGCUUAAUAAAAACAUUUUAUAGUAGACUAUAGCAUUACCCAUAG